AUGAAAAUUCCAUACACCGCCAACCCCCCUCCAACCACCACCGACGAGGAGGCCUCAAUCCUCCAAAAGGUCCAGGACCGCAGAGGUGCAAGCGGCCUGCUGCCCCUCGAUCUCGCUCUCCUCCACUCUUUCCCCGUCGCCGACGGUUGGAACGCCUUCCUGGGCGCCAUCCGAACCCGAACGUCCCUCCCGGUAGACAUCCGCGAGAUCGCCAUCUGUCGCGUCGCGACGCUCAACGAGGCCUGGUUUGAGUGGAAACACCAUGCGCCCAUCCUGGCAGAGUCGGGGUUUAGCGAUGCGAUGAUGGAGAUGGUGAAGAGCGCGACGACGCCGACGGACGCUGAGCUCACGGCGCUCUUUGACCGGAAACAGGCUGCGGUGUUUCGAUAUACAGAGGCGAUGACGAAGACGGUGAAGGUGCCGGAUGCGAUUUUCGCAGAGAUGAAGGAGCUGUUCAGCGAGAAGGAGAUUGUGGAGAUUACCGCUACUGCCGCGGCGUACAAUUGUGUCAGUCGGUUCUUGGUUGCGCUGGAUGUCGGAGAGAUGAACAGAUAG